AAAUAAACGAAAAAACAAAAACAAAAAGAACAAACAAAUCUGCUGCCACAUUUUCAUUUUCUCAUCUCCAAAUAAAUUAGCUCACCAAAGACGCGAAAAACAGAAACACCAAAAUAUCGCUCAUAUACUCCGUAGUUGAGGAGAGAGAAAGAAAAUCCUCCGUAGAUUCAACAUUCCGUUGACUCAUCGCCGGAAAACGAGAAAUGUUCCGGCGAAAAAUCCGAUCAUAUUGAAAGCAGAGUUAGGGAGAGAUGAGCCGCAGAGUAGUUAAUCGAAGAGAGAGAAUCGGGCAAGUUUCGAUGAUGACGGCAAUAGGGAUAGAGAAGAAGGCGGAGAAGAGAUUAAAGAAGUACGAGGAGUUGCCGGAGUAUUUAAAGGAUAAUGAGUUUAUAUUAGAUUAUUAUCGCUGUGAAUGGCCGUUGAAAGAUACGUUUCUUAGCGUUUUUGCUUGGCACAAUGAAACGCUCAACAUUUGGACGCAUUUAGGAGGCUUUUUGAUAUUUGCGAUAAUGGCGGUGGCGAGUAUGACGGAGAACGCAAAGGGCGAUGGACCUGUUUCCAGUAUUUUAAGGAAUACUAUAGUCGUGAAACCAUUAAUGACAAUGUUGACGAUGGACUGGAACAACAAUGGCUCGAGGAAUAUUACUCCGGGUGCACAUUACAGACACUUCUCAGAAUCCUCACCAUUGAACACCAGCAAAGAAGGCACUGAACCCAUACCAAUGUGGCCAUGGUUCCUCUUUUUAGCAGGCGCAAUGUGUUGCUUAGUUUUCAGCUCAAUCUCUCACCUCCUCGCCUGCCAUUCAAAGCGUCUAACCCUCUUCUUCUGGCGUUUAGACUACGCAGGAAUCUCAGUCAUGAUAGUCUGCUCCUUCUAUGCACCAGUUUACUACUCCUUCUAUUGCCAACCUUUGUUUAGCCUCUUCUACCUCACUUCCAUAACCAUUCUAGGGAUUCUUGCUACCACUACUCUCAUCACUCCCUCUCUUUGUUCCCCACGUUUCCGGGCUUUUCGGGCCACCCUUUUCCUUGGCAUGGGUUUCUUCGGGCUGAUCCCUGCUCUUCAUGCAGCUGCACUCCAUUGGGAUCAUCCACAGAUGUUAAUAGCCCUUGUGUAUGAGGUACUUAUGGGUAUCUUGUAUGCAACUGGAGCUUGGUUUUAUGUUAGUAGGGUCCCUGAACGUUGGAAACCAGGUGUUUUUGAUCUUGCUGGUCACAGUCAUCAGAUUUUUCAUAUGUUUGUUGUUGGUGGUGCUCUCACUCACAGUGCAGCUAUUAUGAUUAUUCUGCACUGGAGACAGGGAAUGGCUACUUGUUUUUAGGUGUUGUUUGGUUGACAUGAAAAAACAUGGGAAGUGUAACUUCUUCAUAGGAAGUGGAAGGUUGUAGUGUUGUUUGGUUUGCGAAAAUAUGGGAAGUCAGACUUUCUAGGAACUUCUAGUUUCCACAAAAUUGAGGAAGUUGCUUACCUAGAUCCUUAUAGGUAAGUGGAACUUCCCAUGUUCAACCAAACAUUUUCUACUUCCUAGGAAACGUUAAUACAUUUACUUCCUAUGGUCAACCAAACAUUACUUUAGUUGCAAACAACGGAUAACAGAAGCGGAAAAUUCCAGCUGUUUCGACUGGAAUCAGAUACUUGUAGCAGAGUUAUCCAACAUUCUUAACAGAAUGGAGAAAGAUUCUUGUACUGUUUCUAUUGUCACACGAGAUCGUAAACUUAAGGCGGAGAAGGAAAUGUAAUAGAUUGUGUAAUUGUUUGAUUGACGUGCUCUUGAACAGACGACUGUGGAUAUAUUUGAUUCAAGAAACAUCACUUGGUUGUAGGUUUUAACUCUCGAGCUUCCUUUUGGUGUGUGCAUAUUGCAUAAUGUAAAAUUCAGAGCUCAAUGCAAAUUCAGAGAAAACGUUUUGUUC